AUGGAAGUCCAACAGGCAGUUGGAGUUGAUGUUGAGGUGCAUGUGCCGAAGGUCAUCUACGCGGAGGUUGAGAAAGAGUUUGCGGCGGUGACACUCCAGCCUCGUGAGAAGGUUGUGGAGGUGCCUGUGAUGCUCAGGGAAGAGCGAUUGGUGGAGGUGCCACAGGUGCAAUCCGUUCCGGUGGUCACACAGCAUCUGCGCCCAGCUGUGGAGUUCGUUGAGAAGCCCGUGGCCUUGGCGGAGAUCUCCGUGGAGGAGCGCGAGCAGCUGCAGGCUCAGGCGACGGUGCUGAUCGAAGAGGAGCUUCUCGAGAUCCCGCAGCAGCAGCUAGUGGAGGUGACGCGCCAGGAGCUGCAGCCCGUGCUCGAGGAGGUGGUGAAAGAGGUGCCAAAGUACCGGGUAGAGUACCUGGAGAAAGUGGUCGAAGUGCAGAGCCAAGUCCUCCCACAGGCACCCGGGACGGCAGGGACCGCACCGCACCGCCGCACCGGUCAGGUGGUGUCAGUGUCGACCAUCGCGGCUCUGAAAGCCGCCAACGACUCUCCUGUCCGGAGCAGGCCAUUCUGUUCGAGCGGCACUCGUGCUCUGUGUCCAAACUCGACUCGAGAGCUGCCCCAGCUGCGGGCGCGCACGCGUGACCGGAUCCCGUUUUUGCCACGCUUGCGGCCACCGCUUCGAGACAGUGACACAGUGACACAGCAGCAGAAAGCGGCACAUUCGGCGCCGCAGUUUUCGGCGCGUCCUUUAAGGGCCGUCUUAGGCCUUCCUUCCGCGGGCUGCAGUGAUGCAAAUGCACACGUUUAG